UGUGACCGCUAUAAAAGUUAUUGCUCUUUUUGAUCUGUUCAUAAUACCUAAAAUAAAUAUUGUUAUUUAACUAAAUUAAUACAAAACAGUAAUGAAUACAAAACAAUCCAGAACUCGAAAUCAUGAAAAUAAAUAAUAACACGCAAGUUAAAGGACCAAAUGUCACUUUAGUACCUUAUAGAAAACAUCAUGUACCGAAAUACCAUAUGUGGAUGACAUCAGAGGAACUACAAAAACUCACUGCAUCGGAACCUCUUACACUGCAACAAGAGUAUGAAAUGCAAAAGUCUUGGCAAGAAGACGAAGAUAAAUGUACUUUUAUAAUCUUGGAGAAGAGUACUUCAAAUGAUGAAAUAGAUACCAUGAUAGGUGACACAAAUAUAUUUAUAACAGAUAAAAUCAAUAAUAUUGGAGAAAUUGAAAUAAUGAUAGCCGAAAUAACAGCGAGGGGAAAGAAAUAUGGUUGGGAGGCAGUAAUUCUAAUGUUACUGUACGGUAUUAAAUAUAUCAACCUAAGGAUAUAUGAAGCAAAAAUAUCACUACACAAUCUCAUAAGUAUCCAAAUGUUCAAAAAGUUAGGCUUUAUUGAGAAAUCUAAGAGUGAAGUGUUUCAGGAAUUAACUUUAGAGAAAGUUGUCACGAAAGACUGGAUUAUAUGGUUAGAAAAUGAAUGUAAAUAUACAAUAGAUAAUUACUAUAAUUAAAUUAAGUAAAAAUGA